AUGAGUAGAACUAUUACUAUUGUCACCAACACCACCAGUCACCAGCAUCAUCAGUCACUAACACCACCGGUCACCACCACCAAUCAUCACCAAUCAUCACCACCACCACCAAUUACCACCUCCACAAGUCACCAACAAUCACCACCGGUCACCCCACCAUCAGUUAAACCCUCAAUGACCAGCACCAGCACCAUUGCCAUCGUCGUUAUCGAUCACCAUGACGCUGAAAACUCGCCAUAUGCGAUAGCAGAUCCGCCCACAUCGAACAACGAAGUCCACGGAAGCCGAACAGCUGCUCUCUCCGUCUCUCUAAGAACUCGCAGCUCACACUACGUCCCCAAUCACACCAACAAACACGCCAACACAGACACAGACACAACAAAACAGUUAUCCCUCACCAGAACAACCAUGCCAAUACAUCCCCCAUGUCACCAACCUCUCGAUCACAUCCUACCCCACUACCUCAUCUGCACCGCUCUUCCGCCCUAG